AUGUACCAAGUGGAGGUGUCAGCAAGAACAGGUUCCAGAAAGAGUCAAAUCUGUUUGUGCAGAAGCUCUAGGGCCAGGUCUUUAGAAGGAACUGGCUGCAGAAAGGAAGCUCAUCCUGCACUGCCGGGUGCUGGCAGAGGUGGUGCAGAGGUGCUGCUGCUUGGAGCAGUAGGAGAAGAAGCAGUGGGUACCACCAGCACCACAUCACAGUUGGAUCAGUUAGAGUGGGUGUUAGCCCCCACCCUUCCUGAUCCCUGCAAAGCAGGAUACCUGCAGGGAGGCAAAGUGGAGAAGCUAGUAGACCACUUAGUGCCUGCCCUGCUCUUCGGAGAUGCUGUGUUUGUCCCAGUGUUUCUGGGGACAUACCGCACUUUCACGACUGCCCAUCACGUGUUGAACCUGCUGUUCAACAGAUACAGUCAUUUCCUUGAAUAUGAGGAGGAGAAGGCAGGCGCGCAGGAGCACCUGCAGCGAGCCUUCUCCUUCAUACUGGGCUCCUGGAUGAGGGAGUACCCAGAAGACUUCACUGGAGCACCGGACACGUCCUGCCUGCAACACCUGGUAACAUAUCUACACCUCAAUAUGCCUGGCUCUGUUGAGGAACAGCAGGCCCGCCUUCUGCUCAGCCAGCUGGAGCACAUGCUUCUCAAGAAGCCAGAGCUGGAGGCUGUUCCACCAACUGCCAGGCUUUAUGAGAAAACCACUGUACACCCACUGGAUCCAACACCCUGCGUAGAAGCAGUACUACCAUGUCAGUCAGAGCUGGAACUAGCUGUAGCCUCAGAGGCCCCCUCAGCUCCAGGAGCUGCAGUGGAGCUCCAACAAGAACCCCAUGCAGACGGAUGUUCUGACUCACCUCCGUCAACUGUGACCGAAGAGAUCAAUCCACCUGCAGGUCAGCCAAUGGCCCACAGCCUUGCACCAUCUCCAGCACCAAGUCUGGAUCUUGACCUGCAAUACUCAAAUGAAGAAAGAGUGGCUGAUCCCUCAGUGCCAGGGGCACUUAGCCCAGUGGUAGCAAUGGCUCUAGAGCCAGCCAUUGAUGCACCAAAACAUGCCAGUGAUGAGGGUAUGCCAGUGCCCACUCCAGAAGCCCAGCUGCCUGAAGGCCAGUGUGACCCAAUUCUGCAACCCGCCCAAGAAGGAGACGCAUCUGCAGUUCAACCAGAGCCCUCCAAACCUAUUGUAGUGAGCAGCUCAGGGCCAGAGCUAGAGGCUCCAGGAGAUGAAAGCCUGGAGUCUGUUCUCGGUCCAUCUGGGGAGCAAGGGGAGUCUCUCGGUCCAUCUGGGGAACAAGUGGAGUCUCUGGGUCCAUCUGGGGAGCAAGUGGAGUCUCUCGGUCCAUCUGGGGAGCAAGGGGAGUCUCUGGGUCCAUCUGGGGAGCAAGUGGAGUCUCUCGGUCCAUCUGGGGAGCAAGGGGAGUCUCUCGGUCCAUCUGGGAAGCAAGUGCAGUGUUGCCCGCUUGCUGGAGAGGCUGACUGCCUUGAGUCUGUUGCUGAGCAGCCAGAGCCACCCGUACAGGAGCCUCUGCCGCCCAGCCGGGAUGUAGCACCCGUCCCAUCUGUGCAGCUGGAAGCUGACACAGGCUUAGGAGAGGACAUUCAUCCAGUUACUUAUUUUGACAAAUACUAUGAGCCGCCAGUGGCUGAAGACGCCGAUGGUGCUCUGACCUGUGCUGCCGAGCAAGAGCCUGCUCGCCCACCAGCUAGCGAGGCAGACAGGCCUGCGGAAAUAGACCCGGCUCCCUGGGAGUGCGUGGAGAUGGAGGAUGUGCAGAUUUCCUCCAGGGGGCCAGCCCGGAUGUCCAUGCUAGAGUUAGACAGUGAUGAGGAGACAGCUCGAGUGCUAGAUUGGCUGCCCGAAGAGAAGGCAGAUCAGUUCUCCAUCAUGGCCGUCAAACUGUUCAAAAGACUCAUCCCUUACCACCUUUUGAGUUACGUGUAUGUACAAGCUGACCAGGAGGAGUGUCUGGAGCGCCUGGCACCCACUCUGCUUCCCAUACUGGAGCACUGUGAGCAGGUCUCCAGUUGUGUGAUCACCACGUGCCUUGGGGACCACAGCAUGGAGGCAGCAGAGAGAGCCCAAGUGGUGCAGCACUGGAUAGAGGUGGCUCUGGAGUGCCACCUACGAAAAAAUAUCUCCACCUUAUUUGCAAUCGUGUGUGCUCUGCAGAGCAGCCAGCUCCAAGGCCUGAAGAAGACGUGGAGAUUGGUUUGCAGGGAGAGAGUAGCUGUCUAUCAGGAGCUGAGGAGGAUACACUGCCAGGAGCAAGUGUACAAGGGGCGAGAGUCCAGAUACAAGAGCUUCUGGAAGAAACUCAAGAGAGGCUGCAAGAAGCCUCAACAAUUGGACUAUCCCGAGGGCACAGUCCCUUACCUGGGCACCGUCCUCACACACCUGGCCUCACUGCACAAAGACCAAGAUUCCAAGGAUGGCUCUUGGCUGAAUGUAAAAAGAAGACGAGAGGAAUUCAAGGUGAUGGCACUAAUGAAGGAACUAAAGGGCUCAUGUCAGGAGCUCCAGGUGGUUCCUGACAUGAACUUCGUAUCUUGGUUUAACAACAUGAACCGCCUAAAUGAGUUGGAAAGCUCCAAGCUAUCCAGGGAGCUGGAGCCUCCCCGCCGGGUACUUGUCCUGAGCAGGAACAACAAGAGGAGCCCUCCCCUGAGGAAGCGCUCAGGAAAUUGCCAGGCUUUGACAAGAGAGCUCAGCAACAAUGGCAGUUCCCAGUUGGAGACAAAUGAGCAGCUCAGCGGUGGGAAUGGCAGCCAUGCACCCAGCAUGCACUUGGGCUGCUCACCCAAGCCUUCUUCACACUGCAACCGAUUAUUUCAGUCGGCCCCAAACAUCUGCAUGGCAAAGAUGACAGAAUAUGAGGGAAUCUUGCCGUUCCUGAGCCCCCAGCCCUCCCGGAGAGCUGGGCAUGGGGCUGUAUCCUAGGCUGUCCUUUCUUCAGCCAAGAUGCGUGCACUCCAACCAGAGAAAAUCAUAUUCUCCAAUGAGUUAUGGGAAAUGCGUUGCACAAUGCACAAAGACUCAAAUGUCAGGUCAUUUAGAUUAAAAACCUAUGUGGAAACACUAA